UUUCUCCUCCUUUCUAUCUCUGUGUGUCACCGUCGGCAUUUCUAAACCUCAACAACAGGACAAUAAAACACUUUUAAACUUUUAAAGAAAUGGACCCACAUGUUGAUCCUCAGCAAACAGAUGACAGCACUCCAGCAGAAACAACAGAUCCUCCCCGCCGGAGAAUGACCAGACAACAGACUCUCACAUUAAUAUCAAUGGCAUCUGUCAACUUUAGCUCUAUGAUCUGUUACUCAAUAUUAGGCCCAUUUUUCCCUAAUGAGGCACUAAAGAAAGGAGCCAGUCAGACUGUAAUCGGUCUUAUAUUUGGCUGCUACGCUGUCUGCAAUUUGAUUGGUUCACUGGUAUUUGGGAAAUAUAUUGUCCAAAUUGGUGCGAAGUUCAUGCUUGUUACAGGGCUUUUUGUGUCUUCAGGCUGCACCAUUUUGUUUGGGUUACUCGAUCGAGUUCCUGCAGGAUCUGCCUUCAUUUCUUUGUGCUUUGUAAUAAGGUCUAUCGAUGCUCUGGGCUUUGCUGCUGCGAUGACCUCUUCUUUUUCGAUGACAGCAAAAAUAUUCCCAAACAAUGUGGCAACUGUUUUGGGUAGUUUGGAGAUUUUCACAGGGCUUGGUCUUAUCAUGGGACCACCGGUUGGAGGAUGGUUCUACCAGUCAUUUGGAUAUGAAGUCCCUUUUAUGCUUCUUGGAUGUUUCCUGUUGUUUAUGGUUCCUUUCAACAUUUACGUCUUGCCAUCCAUCGAGGCAGACCCCUCAAAGGACUCAUUCUUUUGGCUUCUCACUCGUGUGAAAAUAGUGCUGAUCUGCUAUGUGAUAUUCACCUUGAGUGCAGGUCUGGGUUUCUUAGAUGCCACGUUGUCCCUGUACGCUAUUGAGACGUUUGGUCUCUCAACUGGCUACGUCGGACUCAUCAUGCUUGGUUUAUCGUUACCUUAUUGCCUAGCUUCACCACUAAUAGGGUGUGUCACUGAUAAAUUCCCUGCCACCAGAGGUUGGUUCAUGGUGACGGGAGGCACCGCCACAGCAGUUGGCUUCUUUUUGCUCGGUCCCAUCCCCAUUCUUCACAUCCCAAAUCAGCUGUGGUUGCUGGUCCUCAUGCUUGGUGUAAUUGGGUUUUCUCUGGGCAUGACAGCAAUCCCCACGUUUCCUGAGAUCAUCACAUGUGCAUAUGACCAUGGAUUUGAAGAGGGAUUAAGCACUCUUGGGAUGGUGUCUGGGCUAUUUGGGGCAGUUUGGUCCUUGGGGAUGUUUUAUGGCCCAGUUGUGGGUGGCCUUAUAACACAACAUAUGGGCUUUCAGUGGGCAGCUACCAUUCAGGCAGGCAUGGCGCUUUUGGCUGCUUUUUGCUUGGCUGUGUAUUAUCUUUGUCAACGACCACAGCCACAAAGUGUUCGAGAAGAUCGGAAUAGAGAAACUGAUGAAAGAACCCCGCUCCUGAAUGAAUGAAACCCUUAGCCAUACGAAGAAAGGACGCCAUACUGAACUUAAACUCAGCUACCUGCAUGGUGCAUUAGAUUACACAAAUAGAUUUUUAUUAUUAUAUUAUUAUUGAUUGCUUUGUAACCCUUCUAAAUUAUAUAUAUUAUAUACAUAUGCAUAUAUAUUAUGUAUGGCAGGGAUUGUAAUGAUUUUUACAUGAGACAUUUUGUUGCUAACUUUCAUGUAAUAGUAUUGUAAAUGUUUUAAAUAAGUGUCAGCUGUUUUUUUAGUAGUCACUGCUACAUCGCCUUAAAACACAGCCAUAUAACUCUAACUUGA